AUGGUCUCAAUGGUCGAGGCCGGGGCCCUGAAUGACAAUGACCUUUCCAUGGACGCCGUCGUCCCCAAAACAGAGCCCGCCCAGGAUGGCCACGGCUCGAUGAGCUCGUCCGUGUCGACCCCAGAGCCUGAGGAGCAGCCGCUGGCCCAGGAUGCAGCUCAGACGCAGAAGAGAAAGGGAGGGAGGAAACCGAUCUAUGCGACGUCGGAAGAACGCAAGCAGAGGAACCGACAGGCUCAAGCGGCCUUUCGAGAACGACGUACCGAGUACAUCAAGCAGCUCGAGUCCACGAUCAAGCGGAACGAGGACUCUCUACAGUCGUUACAGCAGAGCCACAGAACUGCUGCCGAUGAGUGUCUGAUGUUGCGAUACAAGAAUUCGCUGCUCGAGCGAAUCCUUCUCGAGAAAGGCGUCGAUGUGCAGGCAGAACUGCGACUCAAGACGGGCAACUCGACGACAAUCCCUCCAGCCAAACCCGGCAACCCCCUCGCACCCAAACAAUCGUCGCCUCUCGAACGCGCUGCCAUUAGCAGGACAUCGGCCCAACGUCAUGGCUCUGGGAGCAUUGCCCCCAAGCCCGACCAGCCCGGAGUCGCUCAGCAACGCGAAGGCGCCUACAACACAACCUCCCCUCAACCUCAGCAAACUCCGUCAUCGCAUGUGUCGUCGCCGUCGACGGGCAAGUCGCCUGGCUUCGCCUUGCAAGGUGCAAUGUCGCCGAAAACUACAGACUUUUCAGCGCAACAACAGCGUGCUCGACCGCCCUUGUUGCCACAGCCGAGGGACUUUUCGCAGCAGCAACACGCAAUGGGCAUUCCUCAGGUAGGAUCCAUGGACCCAUACGGCGCCGCAACACAGUCUAUGAUGCCCGGCAAUACAAUGGCCUCGCGCAUGCCUGCCUAUUAUCCUACGCCAUUUCAAAAGCAUUACGACCAAUUAGAACAAGAGUACGACGCCCAGGCUGAUAUGCUCGACGACGCCGAUCCGACGGAAAACGGCCACGACGCCAGUACCUAUGUUCACGACUUCAACCGACCCCCCGUCCCAUCCGACCAAAACCGGAUGAGUUUGUCCAGCGCAUCGGCUCUGCAGGCAGGCGAUGUCGAUCACGGAAUGUACGGCACCGGGGGCUCGCUCUUUGGCCAAUACGAGCCCGUGUUGGACAGCGACACGUUUGGGCUGGGAGCCAGCAUGCACUUUCAGACUCCGUACAGCUACGAGCAGGAGAAUCUCCGCCAUUAA